UUUAUUGGACCAACUUCCAUUAGUGAGAGAGACAAGCUUAAGCUUGACUCUGUGCGUACAGGAAGUACAGAGCGCAGCAGAAGCUGACAGGGUUGGGGCUUUUUAUACAGUGCCUGCGAAUGAGGGCAGCCGCAUGAAAUCUGUACUGGAGACAGUAAUGAACCCUUCUGGGGUAUGGCUGAACGGAGCUGUCUCCCAGAUGUUUCAGCUGAUGGCCAUGGUGUGUCUCGCCUGUGUGGUUCUGAAAGCAAUCCAGCUGUACUGGAGGAGGCAGAAACUGCUCAAAAUCUUCAAAAGUUUCCCAGGACCUCCCACCCACUGGCUGUAUGGCCACCUUCAAAAGCUUCAACAAGAGGAUGAACUAGACAAUAGAGCGUCCUGGGCAGAACAAUACCCACGCUGUCACCCCAUGUGGCUUGGCAGUUUCUUAGGAUUCUUGUGCAUCAACCACCCUGAAUAUGCUAAGGCGGUAUUCAGCAGAGGAGACCCUAAGUCUCUUGUGACAUACAGUUUCCUGGUUCCCUGGAUUGGGCAAGGAUUGUUGAUCUUAAAUGGGCCAAAGUGGUUCCAGCAUCGGAGGCUGCUGACGCCAGGGUUUCACUAUGAUAUUUUGAAAUCUUACGUGACCGUGAUGGCAGAUUCUGUCCGCGUGAUGCUGGAUAAAUGGGAACAGCUGAUCACACAGGAUGACUCAGUGGAGCUCUUUGAACAUGUCAGCUUGAUGACUCUCGACAGCAUCAUGAAAUCCGCCUUCAGUUACCAGAGCAACUGCCAGACUCACCAGUCAGUACCGGAUAAAGUGAUCAGAGAAAGAAAGGAGUUCCUUAAAGAUGAGCGACAGCUUGAAAAGAUCCAGAGGAGGUGCCACCUGGACUUUCUGGACAUCCUUCUGAGUGCUAAAGUGAGUGUUACAAGAAUUGAUCGGCGCCAACCAGAGCACCAGCAGAGAUGCAGGGAAGAGAUCACAGAGAUUCUGGGAGACAGAGAUACUGUUCAAUGGGAUGACUUUGGGAAGAUGACCUACACCACCAUGUGCAUCAAAGAGACUCUUCGUCUUUACCCUCCGAUACCUGUCGUAGCACGAGAACUCGGUGCACCUGUAACAUUUGCUGAUGGACGUACCUUACCAAAAGGCUCCCUGGUUUCUCUGAAUAUUUAUGGUCUUCACAGAAACCCCACAGUCUGGCAUGAUCCAGAGGUCUUCGACCCUUUGAGAUUCUCACCAGAGAACUCAGCGGGACGCCAUUCCUAUGCUUUUCUGCCUUUUGCAGCUGGACCCAGGAACUGCAUCGGGCAGCAGUUUGCCAUGAACGAGAUGAAGGUGGCUCUCGCGCUGACUCUGCUGCGCUUUGAACUCUCCCCUGAUCCAGCCAAGCCCCCCAUCAAAAUACCUCAGAUCGUCCUGCGCUCCAAGAACGGGAUUCACCUGCACCUGAAGAAACUCCAGUGACACUUAAAUCACUGGGACAGGAUGUGAUACAUGACAGAGUUUAAUCUAAAUUUGAUUGAAUAACUAGAGCUGGGUGGGAACUGAAAUUCCCCUUUCACGGGAAAUUCUGUGAUUUCAAAACGUUUUCAUUCAGAAUUGCAAUGGAAACAACAGAAUUUCACAAUUUCCCACAAAAUGAAUUUUAAAAAAUCAUCCGAGAUUAUCAAAAUUUUUGCUCUGAUUUUGACUUUAAAAUAAAAGGCUAAACGAAAAGUCGUUCUGAAAUAAACAAAUCUAAAACUGUUCCGGUAUCAAAAAACAUUGAUAGAUUUUUUUUCAAACCAAAAUUCUGUCCAAAGAAACAAUUUCUGUCGAAAUUUUCCCAGUCAGUUCUAGUCAAAAGAAAGGCUGUGUUUUAUCUCUGCAGAUGUAUCCCUGCUAACUCGUCUUUGUGAUUAACUAAACAAUUAUUGGGGGUGGAAGGGCCAUAGAGAUGCAGCUGUGUAUUUUUAUUGAUCAUCAUAAUAGUUUAGCAAGGGCUCAGCAUUGUACAGAAGAGAGAGAGGACAGCGUCCCAGCUCUCAGAGAUUUGCAGUGGGGCUAGAUUCUGACACAAGGGGUGAAGGAGGGAUGGAGCAUAAGGAGAUUUUCUUUCCUCUUUUACGCUCUGCACACAGGCCUGCCAGAUUUCCAGCCCCUGUGCAGGGACCACUUCCUCUGAGGGAGCGAGACGAGUAGGUAGGGAGUUGUACUGGUGUACCUCAGAAAGGGUACUGCAGUA